UCCCCUUUAAAAACUGCGCAACAGAUAAAAGUGAAAGUAAAUACGGACUAAAGAGGAAGAAGAGUUUCUGCAGCGGCUGCGCGAUAUUUACUGCGAUAUAUUUGAAUAAUGAAGCGCCGUAAGUCCCUUAGUCAGGAAAACAUUCCUGAAAAAAAAAUUCAGACUAAAAGACCAGAUUCCCCAGAGCCAAGCCUGGUAUCUAUGAAGAGUGAUAGAUCCAUGGGAUUCCCUCCUAAUCUCAGCCAAGAAGCUGGAGGAGGUCCAAGCUUGGUAUCUAUGAAGAGUGUUAGAUCCAUGGGAUUCCCUCCUAAUCUCAGCCAAGAAGCUGGAGGAGGUCCAAGCUUGGUAUCUAUGAAGAGUGAUAGAUCCAUGGGAUUCCCUCCUAAUCUCAGCCAAGAAGCUGGAGGAGGUCCAAGCUUGGUAUCUAUGAAGAGUGUUAGAUCCAUGGGAUUCCCUCCUAAUCUCAGCCAAGAAGCUGGAGGAGGUCCAAGCUUGGUAUCUAUGAAGAGCGAUAGAUCCAUGGGACACUGCCCUAUCUCCAGUGACGUACCUGUAUCCUCUGACCCACAGCAGCAAUUCACUCAAGCAGAAGACCUUAAGCAGGAUUCUAAACAACCAGUGGAUUACAUAAAGAGACACAAAACCAGCAUGAGAAAGUAUGAGACCUUAUUUGAGGGAAUCCAAACACAAAAGAACAGAACCCUCCUAAAGAGGAUUUACACUCAGCUCUACAUCAUAGAGGGAGAGAGUGAGGGGGUUAAUGAAGAACAUGAGGUUCUACAGAUGGAAAAAACACCCAGGAGACCAAUGCAAGAUACAUCAAUCAACCUCCCUGAUAUCUUCAAACCUUUACAAUGUCUUAAAGAAAGAAAACAGGAAGAGGAUAUUGGAGCUGGGAAGAAAAUUCCAGAUCUCAGAACAGUGCUGACUAAAGGAAUUGCUGGAAUUGGAAAAACUGUCUCUGUGCAGAAGUUUGUUCUGGACUGGGCUGAAGGAACAGCCAAUCAGGAUGUAGAUUUCAUGUUUGUGCUUUCAUUCCGGGAGCUGAACUUAAUUAAAGAUGAUGAGUACAGUCUUCAGGAACUUCUGUGUGUCUUCCAUCCUGAGCUCAAAGAUCUGGACUCAAAGAUCUACAAAGAGCACAAAGUUGUGUUCAUACUUGAUGGACUGGAUGAAAGCAGAAAUCCACUGGAGUUUGGUGAUUGUAAGAAAGUAUCUGAUAUAACCAUGACAUCAUCUGUUGGUGUGUUGAUAACUAACCUGAUCAAAGGAGAGAUUCUUCCUUCUGCUCUCAUCUGGAUCACCUCCCGACCAGCAGCAGCCAAUCAGAUCCCUCCUCAGUACAUUGAUCGUGUAACAGAAAUUCAGGGGUUUAAUGACCCACAGAAGGAGGACUACUUUAGAAACAGAAUCAGAGAACAAGACCAAGCCCAGAAAAUCUUCUCCCACAUUAAGAAAGCGAGGAGUCUCCACAUCAUGUGCCACAUUCCCGUCUUCUGCUGGAUGUCAUCCUCUGUACUUCAGAGAAUCAUGGACCAAGACAGUGAUACAGAAAUCCCUAAAACUCUGACUGAAAUGUACUCCCACUUCCUGAUCACCCAGACCAACAUGAAGAAUGAGAAGUAUGAAGAGAAAGAUGAGAGAGAUCCACAGAAACUGCUGAAAGCCAACAGGUCCAUGCUUUUGAAACUGGGGAAAUUGGCUUUCAAACAGCUGAUGGAGGGCAAUGUGAUGUUCUAUGAAGAGGACCUGAGAGAGAGCGGCAUUGACAUCACUGAGGCUUCAGUGUAUUCUGGGGUUUUUACUGAGAUCUUUAGGGAGGAAUGUGUGUUGUACCAGAGGAAGGUCUACUGCUUUGUUCACCUGAGCUUUCAGGAGUUCCUGGCUGCUGUUUAUGUGGUUCACUGCUACCAGAACCAGAACAUGGAGGAACUGCAGAGUUUUAAACCAGAGUCUGAAACUUGGUCUCAGAAUGUUCCACUGGAUGAGUUGCUGAUGGGAGCAGUGUAUAAAGCUGUAGAGAGUCAGAAUGGACAUCUGGAUCUAUUCCUCCGUUUCUUACUGGGCCUCUCACUAGAGUCCAAUCAAAAACUUCUACAUGGCCUACUGGAACACACACACAGCUGUUCAGAGAAAACAAAUGAUCAAAUCAAGAAAAUUAUCAAAAGAAACACCUAUAAAUCGUACCGCUUAACAACUGACAGAUCCAUCAAUCUUUUCCUCUGUCUGUCUGAAAUGAAUGACCAGUCUCUAUCCAGAGAGACCGAAGAGUUUCUAAAAUCAGAAAAACAUUCAGGAAAGAAGCUCUCUCCUGGACAGUGUUCAGCACUAGCCUGUAUGCUACUGACCUCAGAGGAGGUUCUGGAGGAGCUGGACCUGAAGAAGUACACCACUUCAAAGCAGGGUUAUAGUAGAUUGGUACCAGUAGUGAGUGCCAGCAGAAAAGCCAUAUUAGUUGGUUGCUCUCUCACCAAGGAGUCUUAUGAAACUCUUUCUUCAGUUUUACAAUCACUAAACUCCCCCCUGAAAGAGCUGGAUAUAAGUUACAAUGACCUGCAGGAUUCAGGAGUGGAGCCGCUCUCUGCUGGACUAAAGAGUUCACACUGUCAACUAGAAAAAAUGAGAUUGGGUUCCUGUAAUCUCAAGACAAAAGAUUGUAAACGUCUGGGAUCAGCUCUAAAAUCAGAAAACUCCUCCCUGAAAGAGCUGGAUCUCAGUAACAAUGACCUGCAGGAUUCAGGAGUGGAGCUGCUCUCUGCUGGACUGAAGAGUUCACACUGUAAACUGCAGGUACUCAGACUGGUUGCUUGCAGUCUCACCAAGGACUCCUGUAAAACUCUCUGCUCAGCCCUGCAAUCUACAGACUCCUCCCUGAAAGAAUUGGACCUCAGUAACAAUGACCUGCAGAAUUCAGGAGUGGAGCUGCUCUCUGAUGGACUGAAGAGUUCACACUGUAAACUGCAGAUCCUCAGGCUAGCUCUUUGUAAUCUUGGUGAAAAAUGUUGUGAAUAUCUGGCAUCAGCUCUACAGUCAAAAAACUCCAUGCUGAAAGAGUUGGAGCUGAGCAACAAUGACCUUCAGGAUUCAGGAAUAAAAACACUUUCUGCUGGACUGAUGAUAUCACACUGCAAACUGGAGAUACUCAGAUUGUCUGGCUGCAUGGUUACAGAUGAAGGAUGUUCUUCUCUGGCUUCAGUUCUAAGAUCAAACUCGUCUUACAUCAGACAACUGGAUCUAACCUAUAACCACCUGGAUUCAGAGUCCAUAGGAAAACUGAGAGACCAUAAACUGGAGAAUCUACAAGUGGAGAAUCAGAAAAUUGUGAGACGGGAACCAGGACUAAAGAAAUAUGCCUUUAACUUCACUCUGGACCCAAAUACAGCUCACACAGGUCUCGCUCUGUCAGAGAAGAACAGAAAAGUGAAGCGUUUGAGGAAUCCACAGCCCGGUGAGGAACCUGAGGAUCCAGAUCAUCCGGACAGGUUUGAGUACUGUCGGCAGGUUCUGAGCACGAAGGGUCAGACCGGUCGCUGUUACUGGGAGGCUAAAUGGAAAGGGAAGGAGGUUGUUAUAGCCAUGUCUUACAGAGGGAUUGGAAGGAAAGAAAGAUUCAGUGACGACUGUUUGUUUGGAUAUAACAAUCAGUCCUGGAGUAUUUUCUGCUUUAAUGACAGGUUUCUCGUCAAACACAACAACCUGCAGACUGUUAUACCUGCCCCCCGUCUGCCCUCUAACAGAGUAGGAGUGUAUCUGGAUUAUGAAGCUGGAACUCUGUCCUUCUACAGUGUCUCACCCGAUACACAAACCCAGGUCUACCUACAGGAACUUGGCUCCACUGAAUAUUUCCCACAAACACUCACCCACUUAUACACAAUCCAUUCCACGUUCACUGAACCCCUGUAUGCAGGGUUUAGGGUGUAUUUUGGUUCAGUGCAGCUGUGUGAUCUGAAUACGCCUACUUUAGAGUCCUUUAGAAAAACCUGAAAAUUUUGAAAAUACAGUACACCCAAGCCUGAUCCGCCCAAUAAACUGUCAUUUUGAUCCCGAGCCCAAUUUAAACCCCACAUUUUUUUUAAGUAAGCAAAACACUAAAACUGAGCAUUUUAAAACCAUUUUCGUAUGAAUGAGCAAAAUCUGUUCAGAAUUAUGUUAAUUAACACUGUAGUAGCAUUGUCAACAAUGCAGUCAAAGAUCUCUCACCAGGAGGAACACUACCUACAGAGAUUUGAUCCAAGCAGAGCAGCAAGGGCUACACCUUUACGCACUCUUGUGGGAAAACCCAGAGUUUAAUCGGACUACACCUGUAAUCACGUAGAUAUUUGCCUGAGACAUAAUUGCAUAAAAAGGCUUAGUGUAAUAUGAUACUCAAGAAUAAUCCUUUUUUAUUCCAGUGUAGCUGUAGUGUUAAUUGUGUAUAAACAUUGUUGUAACUGCAAUUCACUGUAUAUAUAUAUAUAUAUAUAUAUAUAUAUAUACUUAAAGAAAAAAUGCAUUUUUUUUCUGUAAGUAGUGCUGUAACAACAGAGAACAUUAAAAUUAAAAUUAUUAAAAAUACCCAAAAUAACAACAACCAUUUGUUAUUGGAACAAAUCACCUAAAUAUUUUUGAGUCAUUUUAGUAAAUGUUCAACUGAAGUUUUAGAGCUAGCUAACAGGUUAACCAACUCAGCUUACUCAGUACCAGAUAAUGUAGGUGUUAUUUUAGUUUAUCGAGGUCUCAAUAUGUUGUACCAUUUUGGCAGUCCAUUUAUUUACGCUCUUUCUGUAAUUCAGGAAGUACUGCUGGACUAUUUGUUUCAUAUUGCAUUGUUCAGCGUCCUGCCAUCAUAUAUUUAUAUAAGUCACCAUAAACAAAGCAUGCUGGCUUUCUGUACUCUGUUAGCCAGGCGAGUCAUAUUGUUUAAGUGGAAAGACCCUAAUUCUACAGAGGAUACAGAGGAUUACAGAGGAUAUGCAAAAUGAGCUUAAAAGGGCAUGGGGUUGUUUGUAUCCUGUAUAUCUGUUGUAGGAUGACUAAUUGAAGAUGAUGACCAUAUCUUGUCUUGCAUUUAUUAAAAUAUGUAUGUUCAUAUUUUGGUUAUGUGUGCAAUGGCUUGUGGAACCUACUACUACUAAAAAAAAUAAACAUGCAGUUCAAGUUGCAUAACACAAAUUAUAAAUUAUAUAACUUUCCAGCAAACAAUCAUUGCCACCUGGCGGUUGUCCUUCAUUAAUCGUUAAUGUAAUCCCCUCAAGUAAGUUUCAAAAAGAACGUUUGCAUUUUCUCUAAUAAUAAAUAACACUGAAUCUACUGAUCACCUCUUAUAUUUUAUAUAUGCAAUUAUUCAGCUAUAUUUUGGAAUGACUUUCUUUGCUUGGAUUGGAAUGAUAAUGGAAUACAGUAAAAUAGAUGUGUUCAUUAAUGUUAUACUUAUUUUAGGAAAUGUUAUAUUUAAAAUGCAAAACAGGAAAGCUUAAAGACUUAAAAAAAAAACUUUUUAAGACCGAAAACAGACUUUUGUCCUGCCUGAGGCAUUUUUAUUAUGUUUGUUUUGUCUGUUCUUUGGAGGAUGGUAUUUAGAAAAUAUGCUUCUAUAAUCAGGACAGUAAGAAAACAGAGAGACGCAACAUUCCUUUUACUGUUUGGGUGAAAUUCGUUUACAAUAAAAGUCUGUUGUAUAUUACAUUUUAUAUAUUUAAAAAUCAAUAAAAUGUAAACCCUAUGACACAGAAAAUAAACACAAGUGUGUAUGCUUCAAUUUCAUUUAAAAUUAAAAUUGUAUAUAUGUUUUACCUUUUAGCCUUUUUAUUUAUUUUAUUCAUUUUAUUUGUUUCAUAACUGGUUUUACUGGCUUUUUACCUUUUUAUUGAUUUUUUUCGUCCUUUUAUAUUUUUUUAUACUUUCCUAACUUUUUUUUUUGUUAUUAUUUAUUUAUUUUAGUUCCAUCAAUUACCUUUUAUAUAAUUGUGGUGUUAUUUUAGUAUUUCUUUAAUUAUGUUUAUAUUUUAUUAUUCUAAUUAUUUAUCUGUUUGUUGUUUUACAUUUUAGCCUACAUAUCCUGUUAUUCUGAAUUAUUUUUAUUCUUAUAUUGUUUGCUUGUUUUCAUAACUUAAGUUGUAAAUACUCAGCUGCAUUAAAAAUGAGGGUUACCCUCAAUGUUUUACCGAGUGAAAAUAAAGAUUGAUUGAUUAA